AUGGAAGGAGGCGGCUCUUCCGUGACUGCUGAGAGCCGCGCACGAGAGUUGCGGCGGCGUGUAGCCAAUCGCCGUCGCACCGGUGCCGACGUCUUGAGCUCCACGUUGACUGCAAAUACGCUGAGUCUUCCACAACUCUGCUACUCGAAGCAUGAAGCACACGAAAUCCGAAUGGAGUUGAUCGAUGCGCAAUCACAGCAUAAUGCAGCGUUGAAAUACUGCGACCAGCAGUUCGUUGUGGAGAAGAACGUUCGACAACUGCGUAAAGGUAUCGGGGAAACUCAAUUGCAGAUCCGACAGAAAACAGAAGAACUUGAUGAACUUCAACGGCGAGUGUUGAGACUAUCGAAGACGCUGCAUGAUUCGUCAGAUGAAAAAAACUUUGCCAAAACGAAGCUUGGUAACCAAGAAGAGAUCAGAAAGCAACAGCUUCACGCUAAGCCGUGUCGACAUUGUGGGAGACAAUAUCUGCCCGGGAUUCUUAAAGCACACGAGGAUAAUUGUAUGGGGUCAUCACUUCCGGAAUUACAAUCAAUGAACCAAACCAGCAACAAAGCACCGUUAAUUUCGAGGUUUGUAUCACAACCGCCGCGCAACCUUCGUGUUAAUUUAAAGGAUAUUGUGCACAAUGCCUUGACAAUUAUGUGGGAUCCGCCUAUUUUUACUGGAUCGAAUGCCAUUCUUGACUACGAACUGAGCUACUCGGUCAUCCAUUCGAAGUCAAAGCAGCAAAGGCAUUUUGAACUUCAACCACCCUUGCGAUUGUCCCAGUGGUGUUUGAUAAAUCCGGUUCCAGGAAAUCAAUAUCGAUUGGCAAACUUAUCAGCGGAUCAAGAGUACGGGGAAUUUGCACUCUGUGCAAUUACUGCCGCUGGCAAAAGUGAACCAAGCAACAAAGUGGAAAUAAUUCGGACAGAACCUGCUGCCCCUCCAACGAUUCCAUUGUUUUUAUGCGUCGGAAUUGUUACCGCAACAAGCAUUACACUCACGUGGACGGAACCGUUCGAUGACGGUGGAAAACCUAUUCAGGACUACGAAGUCAUUUUUUCCGAAGCUGUUAUCAAGUUGGAUAAUGUCGAUGACAGAGGGAAAUCCUGGCUUAAUGUAUCGGAUAUCGAGUACAGGCCUCGUCGAAUAAGGACGAACUCCACGGGAACUUUUUUGACAAUUACAAAUCUAUUGAGUGGGGGAGAGCAUCUAAAUUUUCAAGUUCGAGCUGUGAAUUCCGAAGGUAUGCAGGGUGACUACUGUGAGGCUAUCAAAUCUAUCUUCACUAUAGCUCCGGGUAACGAGUUCAAGCUUCUCGAUGAGUUGCAAGCUGCAGUGAAUUCCCGUUCACGUACUGUGGAUUCGCAGUUUUUAAGCGGUUUUAUGCAGCGUUAUGAAAGGCGCCAUUAUAUCGAACAGGUGUCGCGGUUUAUCCUCUCAAUGCACCCAGAGCUGGAGGAAAAAGUAAACGCUAUAGUUAAUCGAGCAGACGCUAUUAAGAGUGGAAGUGAAGAAGAGAACGAUCAGGAACAGCAACCUCAACCCAUUCAGCAAGCUAGAAUUCAGAAGAAAUUUGACGACCUCACAGAUGAGGAAAAAAUACCUGAGCGUCGACGGCAAUUUCACUUUCGAAUUGCAGCGAUUCGAGACGAUCUUAAAAAAGCCGAUUACAAUGUCCAGUGGUGCAAGGAUCGUCAGAUUGAUCUAGUGGCACUCAUUCGAUCGGCCGAAUCGCGUAUUCUCGACAAACAAGCGGAGUUGGAACGUGCUCGAACGUUCAAGGGUCCUCAAAUGGACUCGGAUGUCUUCGAGAAUGGGCUCCAACGGUUCUUUACUAAGGAACUGGUUGUAGCACUGGAGGAUGAAAUCGAGAUCGACCAACUUUACAUCUUGGAUACAAAAUCUGAGAUCGUACAAGUGGAAAAUUACUUACGUGCUGACAUUAAACGUCGUGAUACGUUGCUCAAGAGAUUGAAAGACAGGCAAGAAGCACUUGAAAUGUUUGAAAGCAAUCCCGAACACUCAGAGGAAUCGAAUAGCACCUUGGCUACCUUAGCAAAACUACGUGGUGGUCUGCUUUACCGAGCAUUUGCUGCCUUUGUCGCCAACCGGAAGGAGGCUCACGAAAUAAGAAGAAAGCUUCGUACAGCAAUCAACCGCCUCGUUAAUCACCGAUGCGAGAGUGCUUUCCAUCGAUGGAGAGAAAUCGCAAAAAUUAUGACACGUAACUGUGCGGGGGUUGAUGUAAUAUUUGGAAUUGGUAGUAUUGGUCUACUGAACGCUGCGCUGGGUCGUGAUGAUCUUAUGAUUGAAACUCAAAAACUGCUUCACGAUCUUCGAUCAACAAAAAAUUCUCUACAGGAAAUUCGUUGGACGACCGAACAACAAUUGGCAUCUAAGACCGAGAGCCCAGCGUUGGAGUCCACCCUGGAUCUGGAACGAAAUCGACAGCAAAACAAGAAAUAUUUUCCCUUUCUAUUAGAGGGCGACUCAAAGAUGAGUUUGCAAGACUAUGAAAGCGCGCUGCGGUUAUACAAUUUUGUGCUUGGCAACGACCUGUGGAUGCAGCAGAUGAGCGAGGUGCAACGAGUCCAGCUUCAGCUAAAGAUCGGAGAAGCUACGUUUCGUCUAGAGAACUACGAGCAGGCAUUGACAAUAUUUAAUCGAGCAUCCAUUAUGGCAAACUGGGCUGGUUUACAAUACGAAGAGGGGUCUGCAUUGCUUCAUCUAGCGGAUACACAACAUGUACUACGAUCGCUUCGAAUAAGUAUCGAAAACUAUGAGCGUGCUUUACUACUGUUCGAAGCUGUCAGAGACACGAAGGGUGAAUCGUCAUGCUACCGUGGUUUGCAGCACGUGUACGAAAGGCUUGAAGAUCGAGAAAUGGUUGAAAUUAACAGAAAUCAUGCGGACGAUAUCGAAUUUGUCCUAAAGAAAAAAUUAUCAUCUGUAGGCCAGAAGAUAACCAAACUUCAGCAACGAUUAGUGGGGGCAGGCGUUGAAGCCUCAUGCCAAAUUACAUUUGAGCGAGUUAGUCCUAUUGUUCCUAGAUUAAGAAGGGAGAGAAUUCAACGCAAGUUUGAUAUUCGAGAGGAAGCUAAACUCGUCGAGAGUCUAGAAAAAUUAGUGUCUGAGAAGAAAGCAAUACUAGCCAAAGGAGAAGAUGAUCUGAAACGGGCACUCGCUUGCGAUUCAACCCAAGUGGAUUCAACAAUCAUCAAUGGCUCGAAUGCUCGCUACGAUCUCGACGAUUUCAAGCAGAAACUGGCUAAACUUAUGGGAAGCGUGAAAGCUGGUCAAGAACAGAUCGACAAAGACAUUGCAAAUGCAAAAAUCCGUAUCAGUAACGCUGAGGAUGAGAUCAAAGGCCUGGAGGAGGAAUUAGCUGUCGAGACAGGGCCACUUAUGCGCAAAGUAUUAUCCAAAGAGAAACUUCGAUGCUUCCGCUUCAACGCAACAAAUGAAGCUCUGAAAAAUGUGGUGGGUACGGCAAGUCACGGAAUCACUACGUGCUUCGCUUCUGCAGGUGUGAAUGGGUUCGUAUUCGACUUCCUGUCUGGAGCUUGUUUAGCGCAGGCAGUAGGCGACCCAGAAAAGAAUCAUCUAGGCGAGCCUACAGGUCAUCAAGCUCAAAUAGUCUGCGUAUACUACAUUGGUCACAGGAUCUACACGGGUUCCGUAGAUGCUUCUUUGGGUGUUUGGGACGUCAAGAAUGAGACGGUCGGUGGGUUCUCGUGCUCUUUGACUAAGAUGCUCAUGGACUUUGACGCCGCUGUGGUUAGUGUCGUUGCUGAUACAACCUGGGUUGCCUGUGGGUGCUCUGACUGCGACGUGUUUGUAUUCGAUGUUGAGUCAUUGGCAACCAUCGCUCACAUUAUUUCUGCUCACGACCGCACUGUGACAACACUGUCCAUACACAGUGCCAACUCGGCACUUACAACAGGAGCUGCUGAUAACAAGAUCAAAGUGUGGGAACUUGGCAAGGCUUCGCAGUACACCACUCGUCGCAAUGUAAAGUUGCUAUGCUGCCUCGAAGCAGAACGCCGUGGCGAUGAAUAUUUCAACGGACAUCUCUCUCCUGUCUCCUGUAUUCGACGUGUAGCGAACGAAAUUGUUAGUGGCGAUACCUCAGGCCGAAUUGUGAUUUGGAAUCUCGACUCGGACAAUAAAUUACUUCGGAUUUGCGAUGUUCACCAAGACUCCGCAGUAACUUGUCUUCAGUUUGAUGCAACACGAAUUGUGAGUGGGGCGAGCAAUGGGCAGAUCUGUGUGACUGACUUUGCCACGGGAAAUCUACUCCAAACGAUGCAUGGGCAUCAAGACAGCGUGCUUGAUCUACAGUUUGAUCGUACACGCUUGAUCAGCAUGUCAUCCGAUGGUAAGGUACAAUUGUGGUUCUGGCAAACUCGAGAUGGCAUUGGGGCUGACCGGAAAAAGUACCAUAUCCUGGGAGCAGGGGAGACACUACGCUCGUUGUCUUUAAUGUACCGCACAAGUAUCCAAAAACUUCUCCAGUGGAACUCGAUUCCAGACUCGACCAAGAUUUAUCUGGGACAAAAACUCAUAGUGGAAGUCGACGCGAAUGCCAGUGCUUCGGAUGAAUUGAAAACACUUGAUCUCUCGACUUCGGUGCAAUUUGGCAAGUUGUCGUACGAAAAUCUCGAUUUUGUUGCUUCCAACCAAACAAAAAGCAAAAAUGUAGAGGCGCAGUGGGCUACACAGCGUCUCGCAAUGCUCGCAAAGGAGUAUUUUCCCUCAUUGGAUGACAAAGAACUCGAUGACGCUAAAGCGAAGACAGAUGAAGCUGCUGUAGAGGAAGAAUCCGACUCUGAUGAUGACAUGGCUAUGGACGAGGACGAUGCUGGAGAAGAGGGAGAAGAUGAUGAGGAAUAG